GCCAUGGACUAACCCAUACAUCUUGGGGUGCCCUGAUAUGGGCUAAUACAGGAAUAUAAUUACAUAAGCCGCUUAAUAACCAAAUACAGGUCUGAUCAUGACGAUGUUUACACUGAAUUUUGUGGUCGAAGUUACCCUGCUGCUUUUGACAGUCCCCCACUUUUCCUCCGCUCAAAAGGAUGGGUCAGUAUUACCUUUGGCUGUGGCUGGAACCGUGGCGGGAAUUCUGUUUGUUGUUCUUGUGUUCAUCUGUGCCAUCAUCAUCUGCAGGCAGCGCUCUCGGUAUAAGAAGGCAGCGCCUAAGCAGAACAUAUUGACAAUUGUCGGUGAUGAGAUGGAGAGCUCGUCCACCCUGCCGACCAAGGUAUCUAGUCUGGGAACGGAGAACCGGGCGGAUUACUGGUCCAACAUGGAGAGGAGGGGUCAGCAAACAGAAGAGAAGGUCCGUCGUAUGAAUAUCGCUGAUAAUUUUGAAGAACUUGGACGUUAUGCUCCACCCCACGCUCCUCCGCCCCCAAUUCUGCGAUCAGUGGGCUUCGACAUGAAGGAACGGUCUGCUACGAACGCCAACGGAGCCCUGGUCACGGAUGCGUCCCGCGGAAGCCAACCCGAGACCAUGCGUGUCUCAGCUGUCUCCGCUGCCUCCGCAGCCGUCAUAUACCAUAAUCCCAAUCCACCGGAGCCCUUGGACCUGCUGGACCAACCAUCAACAUCCUACGACCCCAAGCCAGAAUAUGCACCUGUUAUCAGGGAAACGGGUGACCACGACGGGAUGGAAGCGGUUGGAGUAAAGACACCAAAUCCUCUAAACUUCCAGACACCUGAAGAGGACGGGUUUUACCGGCUUCAGGUGGAAUGAGACAGGAAUUCAGUUUCACAAACAUUAAACUUUUAGGGGAGAAACAUAUCUAUCGGAACGAUUCCUUGGAAUAUUGAAAUUUCAAUGUGUUUAUUUA